GCUUUAUUUCGCAGCAACCUUUGCCAAUCUCAAGGAGGGUAAUAAUGCUGCAGAAUAUGUUGUGUCUAAUAAUAUGUCUUCUGGUACUAGCACCUCAAGUGAGCCUCGCCGCAAGUUUUCCUAGCUUCCUGGAGGUUGCUGAGAGUCGCGAAGUUAAUCUCUAUUCUUCUGUUACGAUAAACUGCACCAUAGAGGAAGGACAGUUUCUUUACUGGAUGCAUAAUAAUGCCCUAAACAUUACAGACUCCACUCCCGGCUACAUUCUAACGGGAACCCUCCUAACAAUCGCGAAUUUCACCUAUGAGUACUCAGGAGAGUAUAGAUGUGCUGCUGGUUCCAUCAUGAGUAGUGAGGCAGAUGAAACUACAAUUGCCUUGUCUAGGAUUACUAUUAUCACCACAUUCACUCAAAGAGAAUUUCUUCAUAAUGAACCAGAAGAUUACACAUCUUACCUGAUCGAUACUAGAAUAGGUACAUCUGAGACCACUGUAAAAGGAAGAGAACUUGCUCCAUUUCAGUGUAACCUCAGUCGACCAAUCUAUAGAGCUGUACGUCCUUUCUUGUCUUGGGAAGUUGAAGAACCAAAUGGAAAUGUGUAUGAGAUAACUAAGAGUGGGGACAAAGACUAUAAUUUCAGGAUUCAGUUUGACAAUAUAGCUUUUUUACAAAUGCAUUUUAUUGAGGACUAUCAGAACUUAACUAGAGUUCGGUGCAUUGCUACAAAUCCUAAUGAGCCAUCUGAGAAAAUCUACAGCAGAUGGGCAACACUAUCUAUAUCUGAUGAUGAUUUUGUAGAACCUGACAAUUAUGAUCCACUAAUCCAGAAGCCAUUACCACAGACCUAUGAUGAGAACUUGAAUGAAGGUGUUGUUGUGCCCUGUGCAAAGAGCUCUGGAAACUUAUCAGUGACAUUAGGGUGGAGAAUCUCAGGUGAUGUGAAUCGUUAUUAUCAAGGCUCUCUUGAUCCUGCAAGACCUGAUGCUGAUUUUGUGGGCUACAAUAACAUGUGGCUCAAUCUGACCAAUGGUAACCUCCUUGGGCACGUUGUGAGCUGUUUCACUUUCAUUGGCAACCGUGUAUUUUUAGCUCGAACUAUGAUUGUAACACGCCCAAAUAUUACACUGACUAAUAACGAAAUUAGUUAUAGUAUUCCUGCACUGCUUGACUCUUCUAUUUCUCUCAAUAUUGAUGAUGGAGCUUUAGCUCAGUGGUGGAUGAAUGGAAGCAGUUUAGUGUCAGGAGGACAGUUUUCAAUAUUUGAAAAUGGGACACUGUACAUUAGUGACAUUACCUUUAGCAGUGGUGGAAUAUAUCAAGUCGACACUAUUAAUAACUUUGAGAUCAGUUUAAUCACAUACCACGUUCAAGUAGUAGUUGGAGGCUAUGUGACAGGUAUAACGGAUGACUUGACAGCCAGUGUUGGUUCUAAUGUCACUCUGACAUGUGAAGCUAGCAGCAUACCGGAGAGUAUAACAUACUCAUGGAGACUAAAUGGAGUUACAUUAAGUGAUGGAGGGAAAUAUUCUGGUACUAAUACUAGCACACUUAGCAUUGCUAGCAUCAGUGAAAGGGAAGUUGGGGAGUAUGAGUGCUAUCCUACAAAUGAAUAUGGAAAUAGGAAUACUUCUUCAACAAAACUUAGUGUCAUAGGGUCACUCGAAAUAAACGGAAUUGAUUCUCAAAAUAUAUCAAACUUUGCUCCUCCUGUCUCCAGUGGAUAUACCAUCUCACCCAACAAUUCAAGAAUAAUACUGACAGAUUCAGGAGAUUUGAUUACUGAUCCUCUUAGCCCACAAGACACUGGAACAUACACUUUCACAUCAACUGAUCAUGGAGGAGCUACACUUACCAUCACUGUUAAUGUAUAUGCUCCAGCAUAUGUCAUUAGUAUCAGUGAUCCACAGACAGUGUCUUCAGGGAGUUCAGUUACUAUUAAUGUUACAGUUGGUGGUACUCCUGAUGAUUUUACAUAUCAAUGGUUUAGAAAUGGUAUAUUAAUAGCUGGGGAAACAGAUUCUACUCUUACUAUACCAAGUAUCAGUACUACUGAUAUUGGUAUAUAUACUUGUACACCAAAUAAUUCUAGAGGAAGUACUAACUCAUCUAGCACUAUAAUCAGUGUAACAAGUUCUUUAUCAAUUAAUGGAGUGGGAAUGCAAAAUAUAUCAAACUUUGCUCCUCCUGUCUCCAGUGGAUAUACCAUCUCACCCAACAAUUCAAGAAUAAUACUGACAGAUUCAGGAGAUUUGAUCACUGAUCCUCUUAGUCCACAAGACACUGGAACAUACACUUUCACAUCAGCUGAUCAUGGAGGAGCUACACUUGCCAUCACUGUUGAUGUAUAUGCUCCAGCAUAUGUCAUUAGUAUCAGUGAUCCACAGACAGUGUCUUCAGGGAGUUCAGUUACUAUUAAUGUUACAGUUGGUGGUACUCCUGAUGAUUUUACAUAUCAAUGGUUUAGAAAUGGUAUAUUAAUAGCUGGGGAGACAGAUUCUACUCUUACUAUACCAAGUAUCAGUACUACUGAUAUUGGUAAAUAUACUUGUACACCAAAUAACUCUAGAGGAAGUACUAACUCAUCAAGCACAAUAAUCAGUGUAGCUGGUUCUUUAUCAAUUAAUGGAGUUGAGAUGCAAAAUAUAUCAAACUUUGCUCCUCCUGUCUCCAGUGGAUAUACCAUCUCACCCAACAAUUCAAGAAUAAUACUGACAGAUUCCGGAGAUCUGAUCAUUGAUCCUCUUAGUCCACAAGACACUGGAACAUACACUUUCACAUCAACUGAUCAUGGAGGAGCUACACUUACUUCUAUAGCUCCAGCAUAUGUCAUUAGUAUCAGUGAUCCACAGACAGUGUUUUCAGGGAGUUCAGUUACUAUUAAUGUUACAGUUGCUGGUACUCCUGAUGAUUUUACAUAUCAAUGGUUUAGAAAUGGUAUAUUAAUAGCUGGAGGAACAGAUUCUACUUUGACUAUACCAAGUAUCAGUACUACUGAUAUUGGUAUAUAUACUUGUACACCAAAUAAUUCUAGAGGAAGUGCUAAUUCAUCAAGCACUACAAUCAGUGUAGCUGGCUCUCUAUCAAUUAAUGGAGUUGAGAUGCAGAAUAUAUCAAAUUUUGCUCCUCCUGUCUCCAGUGGAUAUACCAUCUCACCCAACAAUUCAAGAAUAAUACUGACAGAUUCAGGAGAUUUGAUCAUUGAUCCUCUUAGUCCACAAGACACUGGAACAUACACUUUCACAUCAACUGAUCAUGGAGGAGCUACACUUACCAUCACUGUUGAUAUAUACGCUCCAGCAUAUGUCAUUAGCAUCAGUGAUCCACAGACAGUGUCUUCAGGGAGUUCAGUUACUAUUAAUGCUACAGUUGGUGGUACUCCUGAUGAUUUUACAUAUCAAUGGUUUAGAAAUGGUAUAUUAAUAGCUGGAGAAACAGAUUCUACUCUUACUAUACCAAGUAUCAGUGCUACUGAUAUUGGUGUAUAUACUUGUACACCGAAUAAUUCUAGAGGAAGCACUAACUCAUCAAGCACUAUAAUCAGUGUAACAAGUUCUGUAUCGAUUAAUGGAGUGGGAAUGCAAAAUAUAUCAAACUUUGCUCCUCCUGUCUCCAGUGGAUAUACCAUCUCACCAAACAAUUCAAGAAUAAUACUGACAGAUUCAGGAGAUUUGAUCACUGAUCCUCUUGGUCCACAAGACACUGGAACAUACUCUUUCACAUCAACUGAUCAUGGAGGAGCUACACUUACCAUCACUGUUGAUGUAUAUGCUCCAGCAUAUGUCAUUAGUAUCAGUGAUCCACAGACAGUGUCUUCAGGGAGUUCAGUUACUAUUAAUGUUACAGUUGGUGGUACUCCUGAUGAUUUUACAUAUCAAUGGUUUAGAAAUGGUAUAUUAAUAGCUGGAGAAACAGAUUCUACUCUUACUAUACCAAGUAUCAGUACUACUGAUAUUGGUAUAUAUACUUGUACACCAAAUAAUUCUAGAGGAAGUACUAACUCAUCAAGCACUAUCAUCAGUGUAACAAAUUCUUUAUCAAUUAAUGGAGUGGGAAUGCAAAAUAUAUCAAACUUUGCUCCUCCUGUCUCCAGUGGAUAUACCAUCUCACCAAACAAUUCAAGAAUAAUACUGACAGAGUCAGGAGAUUUGAUCACUGAUCCUCUUAGUCCACAAGACACUGGAACAUACACUUUCACAUCAGCUGAUCAUGGAGGAGCUACACUAACAAUCUCUGUUGAUGUAUACGCUCCAGCAUAUGUCAUUAGUAUCAGUGAUCCACAGACAGUGUCUUCAGGGAGUUCAGUUACUAUUAAUGUUACAGUUGGUGGUACUCCUGUUGAUUUUAGGUAUCAAUGGUUUAGAAAUGGUAUAUUAAUAGCUGGGGAAACAGACUCUACUCUUACUAUACCAAGUAUCAGUACUACUGAUAUUGGUAUAUAUACUUGUACACCAAAUAAUUCCAGAGGAAGUACCAACUCAUCAAGCACCAUAAUCAGUGUAGCAAGUUCUCUGACACUUUUUGGAAUGAGAUCGCAGCUAAUUUCAAACUUUGCUCCUCCUGUCUCCAGUGGAUAUACCAUCUCACCCAAAAAUUCAAGAAUAAUACUGACAGAGUCAGGAGAUUUGAUCACUGAUCCUCUUAGUCCACAAGACACUGGAACAUACACUUUUACAUCAGCUGAUCAUGGAGGAGCUACACUUACCAUCAGUAUAACUGUAAUUGGAUCUACCAUUGAAAUAUCGGUUGGGGAAAGAGUUGUUAUUCCAUGUCAUACAUUUGAUGCAUCUGAGUUCAGGUGGUUAAAAGAUGGAGCUGUUAUUCCUGGAGAAAAUGGAUCCAGCCUUGUUUUGUCAAAUGUAUCAUAUGUAAACAUUGGACGAUACCAGUGUAUUGCAGUCGAUGAUGAUGGGAAUAGUACUUCAUCACCUAGUUUUCAGAUUAAUGUUAACGAUUCAAAGACUCUAGUAUGGUUGACUCCAUUACGUGAAUUGGUAUUUCCCCCAGCUAGUGAGGCUUACAACUGCACUCCUUCUGCUCCGUUUAAUGUCACAUCAACUGGUCAUCUUGUGACAACUGGACUCUCAAUGCAUCAUUCAAGGAAUUACUCUUGCUAUAAUAAAGACAUCAAUGGAACUCUAAUAUUAGAGCUGAUUGUUGAAGGCCUACCACCACUUGUCCCUGAAAUACAAAUAGUUAAGUUUUCCAGUCGUGACUCACAAUAUAUCUAUGUAGAAUGGAACAAUGUAGCCACACCAUUGCGUCCUGUGUCAAGCUAUACAUUUAACUGGAGAGUGACCUUUAAAUCAGGAACAGUUGACAAGAGGCAACUAAAUGCUGAAUUCAACACAAUCAGCACGACUAACAAUUAUCAUUAUGUAUCAUUCAGGCGUGGUGAAAUAUUUGCUUUUACUGUUUCUGCAGCUAAUGAAGCUGGAAGUAGUUCACCAAGUCAAGAGAAGAUAUUUGAUGUUGAUGGAGAGCUUGGAACUCCUGGCGGAACUGAAAGGCAGGAGUCACUCCAUGCUUGGAUAAUAGCACUAAUAGUUAUACUUGUACUGAUUUGCUGCAUUUGUUGCCUAUGCUGUUUAAUAUGUCUGUGUUGUCUUUGGGGUAGGAGAAGAAAGCGAGACUACAAUGCAGAAGAACAAGAGAAGAGACAUGCUACAGAGCUUGAAGAAUAUCGCAAGAAAGGAGAGGAAGAGGGUGAAGAUGAGAGUGAUGAAGAGAGCAGUCAAAGUGAAGGUUCUAUUAAGGAUCCAGAGGAUGAACCAGAAGAGGGAGAGCAAGAAGGUCCUGCACCAGAUCAAAACUCAAACUCUGAAUGAUGAACUAAAGUCAAUUGACUAUUUUAGAGUAAAUCCCAUUAUUAACUAUUUUUAGCACAAUAAUUAUUAUAGAUCUAUGGUUAAUAAAUUUCUCUAUUUGAAAAUUUUAUUUUUGUAAUACUUUAAUUCUUCAAUACUUUCUUUAAUGUCCUCCAAUGCCCUUCAAA